AUGGCCGGCGCUCCAGCUGGGGGCACAGAUGGUCUGUAUUCAGAGCAGCGCGAGUGUGAAGAAAGGGUUUUUUCCCUUCCUCGGUCCCACGCCGCACCUCUCACAGCCUCUGUCCGCUAUCGCCAAGAGGAACUGAGAGAAAAGAGUCCCUUAGGCAGGACGUCCUUCCAAUGUGGGUUUCAAGGUUCAGAGGUUCAGUCCAGUAUGAUCAAGCACGGCAUCAUGGAGCACGGCCUCCAGGCAGGCAUGGAGAUGAAGAAAGAGAAGGGGUCCUACAUCUGGAUUGGGGGAGAAAGCUAUAGUGGAUAUUUUUUCUACACACACUGCCAACACACACACUGGGCAACUACCUUUCACUAUAUAUUCCUGCUAAGCCUGACGCUAAGUCCACAUCAGCAGCGCGCAGUCAUUCUGAAAUCCACUCACUCAGGAAUCCUUCUGCUCUCCACAUUUAGUAGUGUAAGUUGGUUGGUGUUGGGUGUAUUGAUAUGGAAUUAUAUAAAAGAAAAAAGGCAGGCGAAACUCGACGCCCAACUUGUGCGCCUGGGAAACCUCGUCGUUCCCUUUCCCCUGGCUGGCAGCACGGAGGCCGCACGUUGUCUAGAGUUACUGUACCAGCAGGAGUUUGUCAGAGCUCUGGCAGCCUUCCUCAAAAAGUCUGGGAAGCUGAAAGUCCCCGAAUGGGUGGACACAGUCAAACUGGCCAAACAUAAAGAGCUUGCCCCAUAUGAGGAGAACUGGUUCUACACACGAGCUGCUUCCACAGCACGGCACCGUGUCAGGCCCAGCCACUUCAGCAGAGGCUCUAAGAGUGCGGCCUGCCGGGUCCUCCAAGCCCUGGAGGGGCUGAAAAUGGUGGAAAAGGACCAAGAUGGGGGCCGCAAGCUAAUACCUCAGGGACAGAGAGAUCUGGACAGGAUCGCCAGACAGGUGGCCGCUGCCAACAAGAAGCAUUAGAACAAAGGAUGCUGGGUUAAUAAAUUGCCUCAUUCAUAAAAAAAAGAAAGAAAGAAAGAAAGAAAGAAAGAAAGAAAGAAAGAAAGAAAAAAGUAAAAAAUAAAAAAUAAAAAA